UGUGGAUAUAAUAUCAUUGACAACUAAUACCUAUAACAAACUGUUUGACAUUUUGUGACCUCUUAACACUAACUCAUAUCUGUAAUUGUAUAUAUUGUUGGAUUUACAUGUUCAAGUUGGCCCAGGUCAGUGAGUUUAUGGUUUUGGUACCAUUUUAGUUAACUGUGCUUAACUGCAUUGCAUGUUGUACUGGGGAUAUGUGAAAGCAGAUGGAACGGAAAUGGACUCACCAAAUUGUCAACGGGUGAGUCAGUGAUCUACUCCGGUCACCAAGAAGAUAACCACACGCACACCGAGGGUGUGGCUAUCAUGAUUUCACCAACGGCAACGAAGGCCUUGAUGCAAUGGGAAGCAAACUCGCCCAGGUUAAUGACCGCCAAAUUCAAAUCCAAAGGAAGGAAAGUGUCAAUUAUACAAUGUUAUGCACCCACAAACAACGCAGACCUCGAAAAGAAAGAAGAAUUCUACAGAGAACUGCAGGCAACAAUGGACAAUACUCCAGCUAGUGACAUUAAAAUACUAAUGGGAGACACGAACGCCAAACUGGGACCAGACAACACUGGAAGAGAACUCAUCAUUGGUAGAGGAGCUCUUGGAGAAAUGAAUGAAAAUGGAGAACUCUUCGCCGACUUCUGAGCCUUCAACGAACUAGUGAUUGGUGGCAGUGUAUACAAACACAAAGAUAUCCACAAGGCUACAUGGGUGUCACCAG